UGCGCGGGCGCCGGUGGUCUCCAUGGCAACCAGCGCGGCCCGCGCGAGGCCGCCCAGCCGCCGCCGCGCCCGCAGGCCCUCCCGCAGCCCGCCCUCCGCCGCGACUCCGGCCCCGGCCCCGCUUGUCCUCCCAUCGCCCGCGCGCGCCUCCCGCCUCCCGCCGCCGCCGCCGGCCCGGCCCGGCCCGACCUGACCGGGAAGCAGUUCCGGCGGGCCGCCGCCGCCGCCGUGACGCACCGGCCUGCGCGCACCCCCCGAGCGGGCCAUCUUGGUGGCGGCCGGCGCGGCGGCCGGAGCGGCGCAGGGAGCCGCGCAGAGCCAGGGCCCAGCACUAGGCCGCCGUCCUGCGCAGCCCGCGGCGGCCCUGUGAGGGCGGCGCUCGUGGAGCCGCGUCCGGAGCCGGGGAUCCCCGAGGGCCCGCACCCCCUGCCUGGCCCGUCUGCGCUCCGCCCUCGGUCCGGCCGCCCAGCCUUCUUGCUCGGUCUCCUCAGCCCCGCUGAGCCUCGAACCCCGCCCUGCACCUGGUUCCUCUCUGGCUCUACCCAGUUUUAGCAUCGCAGCUGCUCGGGUUCUGGGUCACCCCAAACCCCCUUCCCCCGCGCCAUCAGCCUCAGCCUCUGGCGGACCUCUGGCCAACAUGGUCCAGCCCCGGACCUCGAAAGCUGAAACCUCAGCCUCCGCAGCCUCUACUGGCGCCCCGGUGGACGACGUCAUCGACACCCUGACCUCCCUGCGCCUCACCAACUCGGCGCUGAGGCGGGAGGCCUCGACCUUGCGGGCGGAGAAGGCCAACCUCACCAACAUGCUGGAGAGCGUGAUGGCCGAGCUGACCUUGUUACGCACCCGGGCGCGGAUUCCGGGGGCGCUGCAGAUCACUCCACCCAUCUCGGCCAUCACCUCCAGCGGGACCCGGCCGAUGACCACGCCCCCCACCUCUCUGCCCGAGCCCUUUUCCGGGGACCCCGGGCAGCUGGCGGGGUUCCUGAUGCAGAUGGACAGGUUCAUGAUCUUCCAGGCCUCGCGCUUCCCCGGGGAGGCCGAACGAGUGGCGUUCCUCGUGUCCCGGCUGACCGGGGAGGCGGAGAAGUGGGCCAUCCCCCACAUGCAGCCCGACAGCCCGUUGCGAAACAACUAUCAGGGAUUCCUGGCCGAGUUGCGGAGAACCUACAAGUCUCCGCUGCGGCACGCCCGGCGCGCCCAGAUCAGAAAGACUUCGGCCUCGAAUCGAGCCGUGAGGGAACGGCAGACGCUCUGCCGCCAGCUGGCCGCCGCGGGCACGGCGCCCUGCCCGGUGCACCCAGCCUCCAGCGGGACCGGUCCAGCCCCGGCCCUGCCCACCCGAGCCCGGAACCUUUAGGAGCUGGCCACCACCCUGGUCGCGCCCGCAGCCACCUCGGUAGCACAUCCCCUUUGCGGCAUAGAAGAACUGUCUGCACCGCAGCGUCGCCCUUGUUUGACAACAUCUCUUCCUGCCUCUCCUGUUCCGUGAGGACGUCUGUCGUUGCUCCGGGGCGCCCUGUGACCCACCUUGCUUCCUGGUAUUACGCUCUAGUUUGGGACCUCCACUGCAUGUUUCCCUUCUGCUUGCAAUUCUAGCUCUUCUAGUGACCACAGCUCUGCUCCUCGGUCAUGCUGACCCCGUAACACGCUUCGGACCAUUUGGGCCGACCUUCCCCAGCCUGACCAGGCUCACAGAUGCUCCUUCGUCACCCUCUGCAGGCCCUGCGGCAGCUCCCCGCCUGGUCGCCCUGUUCUCAGGGAUGAUUUCACUGACGACAGAAAGAAGCCUCUUUGGCCAGGCGGGUGGCUUGAUGGGGGCACCUGGAGGGGGCGUCUGGCGUCCCACCAGUAGGUGAUUCCCAGCCCUGCCAGGGCCCAGGGUGGCAGGCGGGGCCUUGCCUCUGCUAUCCGUGGCCAAGUGAUCACGGCUGGGAGUGUGGUUCCAGCGUUUCCGGGGGCCAGCUUGGCUCUGCACAUGAGUGUGUGGUCCGUGUGCCCCAGUGCUGCCACUCGGAAAGACCGAUAAUGCGACCCUGGUGGGGAGCCCCUGGCAGCGGCACCCCCAUCAGUGCCUGGCUUUAGCUGCCAGUGUUCUCAUAGCACCAGGAUUGGGGGGAAUCCGGAACGCGCCUGCUAAGAAGGUCUUUGUGACUUGGGAUCACUGGACAGUUCUGUGACGCCUCCACAGACAGCGCACACGUGUCCGUCCCUGCCUGAGACCCCCAGCAGGCUGAGGGGUGGGCUCUAGAGGCUCACUUUGCUGCCCUGGCCCCCGUGGGAGUCAGUGGGAGUGUGCAGUCCCCCCACCCCUUUGCCCCCUGGAACUUGGUGGUAGGCCUGUCUAGCUUAAGACCUGCUCCCUUCUCCAUGCAGGGGACACGUGGCCUUCACCUCAGCCCCUUCAGCCACACACACGGUCUCUAGGUCUCCAAAGCUUCCGUGUAGCACGCCCUCCCCCGGCCUGGGCUGUCCAUCAGAUGUCCAACCUUUGUCCCAGAACACACGGACUCAGGGCUUGGAGACCAGACUCCUCUGGGAUGCAUCACUGAGCCCUUAAGGCGAGGGCAUGUCCGCCUCUGCAGCCCCAGCCAGGGCCUUGCUGGCAUUUGCAAAGCAAAAGAGCUGCCUUGGUCUUCAUGCGGUGGUAGUGCAGAACUGGCGCUCGUGUCCUGACUCUGAGGGACAAAGCUAUGUCUCUUCGUGGUGAGUGGGCUUGUGCUUCCUCACGGGGGAUGCCCGGAAUCGCUUCCUAAAUGAGACCUGGCCACGCCCUUUGGACUGUGAUGCUCCCACCGUAUUUCAAUGCCAAGUGAACCUCAUUUCCAUGACCACCCCAGCUGUUAGAGAUGGGCUGUCUUAUCCUGGAUUCAUCUGCCCCUGUCCUGCUGGUCCCGGCCCGACUGCAGGAUGACAGCCUCCACGCCCCACGUCCCCCACCCCCAACCCACAGGCCUACGUCUUGAGAUCCCCAGAGCUUGGCUCCCAGGGCCCAUCCCCUCUCCCUAAGAGUUUCCACGAUGCUGGGGAAAGUGCUUGUGUUCCUGAAGCAACCACUGCCUACAAGGUCAGGGAUGUUCAGUGGUUGCCGGGGGUCGAGGACUACUGCCGCCCACUCAUUGUAAACUGUUAGCCCAGUUGCCCUGCUGAACCACUGCCUGAACACAGGCUUCAGGCCCCCCUGUAUUGCAGCCAAGGCUGUUCAGGCGGGGCCAUGGUGCUCAUUAAGCGGGAAGGGCAGGAGGACACACAGUGGGCCACGCUUCUUGGGGGUGGGGGGCAUGCGGAUCCCUUGCACUUCCUGCUCUGUUCUCUUCUGUCUGCCUGCCAGGUAGAGGUGCCCACAGCUGAAGGGGUACAAUGACACCCGGGGAAAGGAGGCCUGUAGGGGUAACUGACACCUUGAAGGUUUCUGUGUGGCCCAGCCCAGCCAGGGUAGGAGACCCCACACUGGAGCAGGGCAGGAACUGCUCAAGUGGGUCUGCUCAAGUGGCGUUAGGAGUCCUACUGUGUUUGCAUUUGUGCUGCAUUUCAGUCGCUGCUUGUAACCAGGCCAGAGCUGCUAGGCCAGGGCCGGCCCUCUGCACGUGGGUCGUCGCCCAGCCCGGCUGCUGCUGCAGCUUCGUCUGGCUUGGUGAUUUGGUUAGGUUUUGUCUGUCAGUGCUUAUGGUCAUGGGCUGGGGCCUGGUGCUGUUGGACGUCCGUGACCUUCUUGAUCGCUUCCUGUGACCUUGGAAACCGGAGUAGAUGCAAGGCUCGGGGUCGGACUUGGAAGAAACCCCACAUCGGGAGCCCCUGGUGGCUCUCAUGGAAGACACCUUAGUCCCCACCUAGAGAGGAUGAGACCCAAGCUCCACGCAGCCCAGAGCAAGAGCACGUGACUGGGAGGUUCAGGCUGGAGAAGGCAGCGGGGGAAGGGAGCUGCUUUGUACAUAUUUGGGGGUUAUAAUUUCUCUACAUUUAAGAGAACAGGUCUUGAUUUAUAAGAGGGACAGGCAGUUAGUGUUAAACAGUGCACGUGAGGGAAAGUUUUAUGUUUUUCAUGGUAUUGACAUUAUUUGGACUACACUGUGACUGUUUUCUGGUCUCCAUGGUACCCCAUCUGGUAAGGAAGCUUUGUUGUGUAACAGGGCGUCAUUCGAGAUCAGAUUUAGAAGGGGUGACCUUUGGCCCACUGUAUAGUGUGACCUUGGGAUUAACUUAAUGUCCUAAAGCAUUUCACUGACUUCUAGGAAAAAACCAAGACCCAUCUCACUGGUCCCAGGUGAAUGUAUAAUGAGUAAGGCAUGACACAGAGCCCAAAGGGUACCCCGUGAAGAUGCAGGUAGGACUUUCCUGAUGCACAAGCUGGUGGUGUCAGGAGGACAGAACCACCUGCCAGACCACAAUCCUGACAGUUUGGCCUUUAGGCUAAUGAACACGUGGGGAGAGCUGGGCAGGUACUUAGGUUACUGUAAGGGAACAGCCCUGUGACUGUAGGAGCACACACGCUAGGGCCAGCCAGCUACCAGGGCUGGAGUUUGGGUGGGAAGAGGGGCAGGGUCUUAGCAGACGUCCCUUGCAUCUUGCAGCCAGAGCUGUAAGCCUGAGAUGCCCUCUGCUCAGCAAGCCUUAGGUUAGGGGCUUAGAGAUGGAUGAAGACCGAUGGGGCUGUGCCGAUUGUUGGACGGGCAGCAGGAGCUUGCGCGUGCAGGGAGAGGGUUGGGGUUGAGGAUGAUUCCACCCGCUGCACAUGGACCAAGCUGCUGACUCUGGUGUGGUCUCGGAGCCCGACGUUGGGCAUGGUGGUUGGUGUGGCACGGACGCAGUAGAGGAGGUGGGGUGACGCUGACUCCUCGCUGCACCUCACGGACUCCUUUCCAUAAACAAGCAAGGAUGUCUAGUUCUGUUCAUUAUCAAAGCCAACGGACACAUUGUAGACAUUUUGGAAAAUAAAGUAGUAGAAGUACAAUUUUAACAUUUUGGUGUUUCUCCUUCCAGUCUCCCCCACCCCCCGACCCCCAGUCCUGGUUUCUCAGCUUCUCGUUUUAACAUAGUUGUGAUACUACCUUAUGUAAUGACACAGUGUCGUGUAGCUGUUCUCAUUUAUGUCACAGGCAUCUCCCCGUGUUAUUUCUAAUUUUGUCUGUUUACUCCUCCGUCAAGCAGUGCCAAUGGUUGAUCACCACUAAUGCUCUUUACUGCAUAAAGCUUCCCCCAACGUCAAGUUAUUUCCUUAGGAUAGAUUCUCAGAGGUGGGAUUAUUGAAUUAAAGAGUAUGAAAACUUUUGAGGCUCUGAUUACAUACGGACAAUGGUUUCCAUAAAUGUUUGUAUCCAUUUCCACUGCCACCAGCAAAGAUAAAUGUGUCCAUUUUCCCAUCUUGCCAGUACUGAGUGUUCUCAUCUGGCUAAAUAUUUAUUAAUCUGAUCAUGAACAAAUAGCAUUGUAUUUUAGUUUGCAUUUUUUUUUUUUUGAUUUCUAGCAAAGUAGAACAUCUUUUCAUGUUGAGCAGUUGUAUUUCCUCUGUGGGUCGUCAGUGUCCUCUGCUCGUAUCUACUGGGGUCUCAUCAAUUUGUAUGAGCUCAUUAUAUAUUAAAGAUACUAACCUGUUGUGU